CCCCAGUGGGGGGGUUGAAUCCUCUUGUUUCCUGCAGGUCUUCAAUAAUGCCUCUCCCUCGCUCACUUGACACAGCUCAUCUGCUCGGUCGCGCAUCCCCGGACGCAGCGAACACCCGCGGGAGACUUUGAGAGACCUGGAGAAAGGGGAAAACCAUCGCAGGACGAGCGUGCAUGUCUAUAAAGUCAGGAAAACGACGCGAGAAUCGGCGACCGGGACUCCAGCGGCCACACGGAGCCACAUGAAGCUGCGGCUGCUGCUGCUGUUGUUGUUGUUGUUUCUGGACUUCUUUAGGGUUUCUUUAUGAAUUUCACACCUUGACUCUGCGGACAUCACUCCGAGACGACGCCGAACGCUUUAAGACAAUUUAGGAAACUUGUGACUGCUGUUUAGGGCUGGAUUAGAUUAUUACUUGGGCUGGAAGAACCUCCCGGACCUGGUGUUUGCGUGCGCUGAGUAGAGGGUUCACGCAGGCACGGAGCACCGGGCGCAGGAGGUGUAGCUGGUGCAGAAGCGAGAAGGGAUUUUAUUUUUGUGGAUCUCUGUGAAUUAUCUCAGGAGGGAUCGCCUCCAGAGACUGAAGUUCUGUAUCUUCCCCCGUGUUGCCAUCACCACUGCGCACGGACUAUGUUGAUGAAGGAGUACCGCAUCUGCAUGCCUCUCACGGUGGAGGAGUAUCGGAUCGGCCAGCUGUAUAUGAUCAGUAAACACAGUCAUGAACAGAGUGAACGUGGGGAAGGCGUGGAGGUGGUGCAGAACGAGCCGUACGAAGACCCGGAACACGGAUCAGGCCAGUUCACAGAGAAACGAAUCUACCUCAACAACAAGCUGCCCAGCUGGGCCAGAGCAGUGGUCCCUAAAAUUUUCUAUGUCACAGAGAAGGCUUGGAACUAUUACCCAUACACCAUCACAGAGUACACGUGCUCCUUCCUGCCCAAGUUUUCCAUCCACAUAGAGAGCAAGUACGAAGACAACAAAGGGAGCAAUGAUAAUAUCUUCAACAGCGGGCCCAGAGACGAGGAAACCGAGGUGUGCUUCGUGGACAUUGCCUAUGAUGAGAUCCCCGAGCGCCACUACAAGGAGUCAGAGGACCUUCGGUAUUUUAAGUCGAAGAAGACGAGCCGGGGGAGUCUUCAGGAAGGAUGGAUCAACACCCAAGAGCCCAUCAUGUGUUCGUACAAACUGGUCAGCGUCAAGUUUGAAGUCUGGGGAUUGCAAACCCGCGUGGAACAAUUUGUACACAAGGUGAUCCGAGAUGUCCUUCUCCUGGGACACAGGCAGGCCUUUGCCUGGGUGGACGAGUGGAUUGAUAUGACCAUGGAGGAAGUAAGGGAGUACGAGCGUGCCACCCAGGAAGCUACCAACCUUAAGAUUGGCAGCUUCCCCCCGGCCAUCUCAAUUUCAGAGACCCCCCUGCCAUCCAGCGCCCGCAGCGGACCCAACAGCGCUCCAUCUACUCCCCUCUCCACCGAACCUCCGGAGUUCCUCUCGGUGCCCAAAGAGCGACCCAGGAAGAAGUCGGCCCCGGAGACCUUGACCCUGCCGGAUCCAGGCCGCAGGGAUUCGAUCUUCAAACUGCCCAGCUUUUUCUCCUGGAACUCAAGCCCGCAGCCAGAGUGAGAAUGGGGCCACUCCACCGAUGAACACCCUCAACCUGCGGAUCGAUGGAGGAUGCCUGCCCAGCACAUCCCACAACGCCCCAUCACCUAGCCGAAGUGAAGGAGACUUUCACGAUUCUGGUGAUCCCAGCCUCUCAGCCAAGCCAAUAGCUCUCCGAUUGCCCUCACAGGUGCAGACAGACAGCCUGACCUCAACAGCAAAAAGUCCCGCAAGGUGUAAAAGUGUCGUACGUCCCAGCCGAGAGUCUGACAAAAGCAGCAACAGGCUUCUCAUUCUUCUCUUCUUCUUGAAAAAAAAACAGCCAGCCUGCAUUUAUUGAAUCAAACGCUGUGGAGUCAAAUUAGCCUGGGUGAGCGUAGCGUACAUUCCUGAAAAUGUUUUACCCCACAGCGCAUCACUUUACUUUCAUCCAAGCUCAGGGUGUGUCGAAAAAUUACGUAGAGAUUCAGUGACUGCACAUAAAUGUUACGUGUACAAAAUUAGACUUCUAUUCUGCUUUACCUUUAAACAUAUCUGGCUUUGUUUCCUGGAACUUGUGGUUUGAUGUAUCCGUUUAUGUCGUUGGGACUUUUUUCACAGAUUGUUGUUGGCCACUGUAACCGUUGACUUUUAUGGUUUUCAGUCAGGUGCAAAGUGAUCGUGUACUCUUGUAUAUACACUAUGAAUGAUUAUUUAACUGAUUAAAUGAUGGUUCCAUACCCAACGAGGAGGCUGUUGUGGAAUUUCUAUGAUGUAUUUGAACAGACACUAUCUUGUGUUUGUUUAUGGCGAGUUCUGUUGGUCACGGUGUCUUCAUGUGCAUGAUUUUGACUUCAGCUUUGACAUGUUAGUGAAUGUUUUCUUCAUAUUUGAUAUUGUGUUUAUAGUACCUGAGUUUUUUUUUUUUUUUUUUUUUUUUUUACAGACUGGCCAUGUGGUGUUGUUUUGCUGUUACAUUCAUUUUGAAUCGUUUACUGAUGGGUUUUGUAUUCAGUAAAUUACAUAAAAUUAAACGCCGGUGCAUCCAUAA